UGUCCUGAGAAGCAAGGAUCGGGUGCAUCCCUUUUCUUGCCAAAAAAAGGCGAGUAGUUCUCCAAACUUUUUCUACGAAUCUAACCCAAUUCUCCUGCCAUCUUGCUUCAGAUCUCUCUUCUGAGUUCCUUUGUGGCUGACUGAUAGGAUGGAGGGUAUCAUUGUUAGGAGGGUAAUACCCUCAGACAACAGCUGCCUCUUCAAUGCUGUUGGCUAUGUGAUGGAACAUGACAAACACAAAGCUCAAGAGCUGAGACAGGUAAUUGCUGCAGCAGUGGGAAGCGAUCCUGAAAAAUAUAUUGAAGCAUUUCUUGGAAAACCGAAUGAAGAAUACUGUGCUUGGAUUCUGGAUUCUGAUAAGUGGGGAGGUGCGAUUGAGCUUUCAAUACUAUCAGAAUAUUAUGGGCGAGAAAUUGCAGCAUAUGACAUACAAACAAUGCGUUGUGAUUUGUAUGGUCAGGAAAAGAAGUACACAGAAAGGGUCAUGCUCUUAUAUGAUGGUCUGCAUUAUGAUGCUUUUAGCAUUUCUCCAUUUGAUGGGGCACCAGAAGAGUUUGAUCAAACAAUUUUCUGUGUCAAUGGUUCAAUUCGAACUGUUGAAAGCCAAGCUCUGAAACUUGUUCAGGAAGAAAACAGGAAGAGGAGCUACACCGAUACGGCGAAUUUCACCUUACGUUGCGGACAAUGCUCAAUUGGCUUAGUUGGUCAAAAGGAGGCUGCUGAUCAUGCAAGGCAAACAGGCCAUGUCAAUUUUCAGGAAUAUAGAUGAGAAAAAAAGGAACACCCUCUUGACUUUUUCAUUUUAACUGAAACAUGGACAUGUCUCUCCAACUAUAUGAAAAAUAAUAACCAUCAUUUGUGUUGUUUUAAUUACCAUUUUAGUUGCUUGAUGUUUGUUGUAACAGUACUGUACAAUCAUAGCUUAUAGAAAUGUCUUAUCUUUUUUUUUUUUUAAA